GAAUAAGUAAAUAUUUAAAUGAUGCCAUCGACGGAAGAUAUUCAAGCGCAAUUAAAUUCAAAAGAUGAAAAGGGUAUUUUCAAUAAUCACAAUGAAUCGGAAAGUGCGGACAUUCAAUCGCCGCGUGAUUCAUCGCCAAACAAACCAGCGAGGGUUUUUGGGUUAAGUAGUAAAAUCAAGAGGGAGACUAAAAAGUUAUUUGGACAUCCUGGCAAAGCAAUGAAACGCUCAGCAAGCUAUGAGGUUAAUUUAGGUGACAAUGAAAAUCAAAAUUUAGUACAAGAUGUGGUUUAUGAAGAUUUUUCUAGUUACUUCAAAGAACACGAUAUAUUAAUGGAAUUGUAAGUGUAUCCUAUUAUACUGCAGUUGACUUAACGAUUUUACAUGCAUUGACACAGGAUAAAUUUCCCUUUUUAUUGUAAUGUAUUUGUAAUAUUUAUCAAUUUUAUACUUAUUAACUUGAAUGAAUGGAAGCAAAUAUUUGUGAUAUUAAUUUAAUUGCCUGGCCCUGAAGAGCCUGCCUACACGAAGAGCCUGCAUUGCAGGCUAUAGUUUCAAAUUAAUCAUUAUGUGACCAUAACUUCCAUAAAUCUGUUUGAUACAGGAGCUUCCAAUGAUGGUGCAAGCCAAAAGGGCGUCAUAGCGGUUUUAACCCAUUGACCACCAGUACUCUUCCCUUGACAAGUAAAAUCGUCUAGCGUUAGACUGAGUAAAACAAUAAAGUAGGGCACAUUAGGGUGCAAUGCAACUUAAUCAGUUAAUUUCCAGGGCAUCAAAGCCUGCAAGGUGGGUGCCAAUCCUAGGGAUGCAUCGAUAUAAUAAUUUACUAUAAUCUACAUCUAUUGGCCCAAGCUAUUGCCUAGCUCUAUAUUCUGGAAUAGAUUGCUACUUUUGAUGCAUCUCUGAUAUACAAGCUUCACAGGGCUCCACUUCACCUCCCUUCCCUAGGGACAUGGACAGAAUGAAAAAUUUUGGUAAAAAUAAACUUGCUAAUUCGCAAUAUUUCAUAUGUUAUUUUUUCAGCAAAUACCUGUGUAAAAAUCCUCCAGGAGGAGUUUAUGUAAUACCAUCAAUAAAGACCCUUCAAGGUACAAAUAUGUUCUAAAUUAUAUAUUCAUUAUAGGCCAUUAAUAUCCAACAACUUUCUCCUCUUGACAAAUAAAAUAGUCUUUUGUGAUGUUUUGUCAGACAGAGUAAAACUGUAACUUGUCAAGCACUGGCAUACACCACUACGUACCGGCAUACACCACUACGUACUGGCAUACAGGAAACUACACCCAAAUUAGCAACCAGGUUUCAAGCAAUCAAUGGAUUAGUCCAACCCCAAAUGUUCAAGAUUGAUGAGCUUUUGAUUACACCCCCCCCCCUCGCCCAAUGGUGGAAAUUCACUUUUUCCAGUGGGGGGGGCAGCCUCCUAAAUUUCCGUCAAAACUUUCAAAUUUCCGACAUACCCACCCCAUUUGCACUUGAAAAGACUGUUUUUAGCCCUCUUUUAGGUUAAAAUUUCCGAAAAUUCAUCAAUUUUCCAUGAAGGGCGGCCGCCCCGCCCCCCGAGAUUUCCGCCACUGCUCUCACCCCCCUCAAAAAAACAACUUCAACUAGUCAAGCAAUUGGAGAUUCUCAAGGCUACUAAUAAGGAAAAGGGCCUGAAUUUUUGGGAGUCCCUUAAUAUCAAGUUGGGAUUUCAAGUCAUGUUAGGGUGCUUGUAGAGGGGUGCUCUUACAUCAUAGCAUUCCUCAAUCUGUUUGUCAAGUUUUUCAUUUAUCUGUGCUGAAUGUUAUGUAAAAAGAGAUUUGUGCUAAUGCUUGCCACAUAUUUCCAGUAGCAGAUAGCAACAAAAAUUAGUUUUAAUCUCAUUUCUACUUGUUUUGUAGUAUGGCAUGGAAUAAUAUGUUUAAGAGCUGGUCCUUUUCGUGAAGGAAUAUUCCGAUUUGAUAUUUUAUUUCAAGACAAGUAUGUAAACAUAAACUAUGCAUUUUUCAAAAUAUCAGUUAAUGGUUGGCAUUGUUAAAAUAUUGUUACUAGCUGCAUCCUUAAUUGAUUAAUAAAAUCCAACUGGUAAUUGGAAUUCCAGUAGGAAUUUCAAUUGGAAAUUCACCCGAAUUCCAAUUAUUACCAUUCCAAAAUUCCAAUUGGAUUUUUUCGUCACAGCAAGAACUAACAAAACAACAGGAUAGGUUUCUUUUUCAUUUUCAUAUUUGUGCCUUUUUGAUUUUUGUGCGCCUUUAAUUUUGCGCACCUUUAAUUUUGCGCACCUUUAAUUUUGCGCACCUUUAAUUUUGCGCACUUUUAAUUUUGCGCACCUUUAAUUUCGUUCACUUGUUCGUUGCGUACCUCUCCGACAAUAACGGAACUUGAUUAAUUAGGUAUAACUGCAUUUGAGUUGAACACAACUUACACAAGCUUACAACCGCCCGCAAAAGAAAUUGUUUCACCGAAGACCUACAUCAAGAGUGCACCGAACCCGCAAACCACAAAAGAACAGUUAUUAACUAACACACCCACCCACCCACGUUUACCGCCCUACACUGGGAAUUCUACGCAAUGUAAUGAUACUAGUAUAAUUCAACGGUCCCACGGAUCGACGAAUUAUUUUAAUUCUUCAAUUCAUAGUUUUCCAAAUGCUGCUCCAUUAAUCCGCUUCACAAGUCAUAUCUUUCAUCCACAGAUCCAUAAGAAUGGGUAAGAAAAACUUUAACUUAUUUGUUAAGGUUUGAAGAAGUUUGAAGGUAAAUUUAGUAUAUUAUACGUACAUGUAAAGGGACACUUUUACAGUUUUAGUGUAGAAAAGGAUGUGUGGAUUUAGUUACACAAGUCAUAUAUUAUUAGCAAUGAUGAAGAUCCUACCUUACGGGUCGAAAGCGUUGCAAUAAUAAUUAUACGUGUUUUCACAAACCAAAGGGACAAUAAGGUAACUUUAUACACAAUAUCAAUGCCAUGUUCUGUUUUUAAGGAUAUUAAACAUUGAACAAGCGUUCCCUUGUUGGAAUAACGAAAAUCAUAUAGGGUAGGAAAUUGUUAUACUUUGUGGGUCUUAUACUUUUUUUGGUAGGAGAGGAGUAGGGAGGGUUUAAACUAUUGACUUCAUGAUACUUUUCAUUGCAUUUUAGUGAUAUGCUAAAAUAUGUGAAAAGUUGUUUCUAUUCCAUGAACACAGGGGGAGCCUUGAAUGAAGAAGCAGCAACUUGGUAAGAAACUGGUGUUACUCUAAAAUUACUAAGUACUAUUCCAAUGUAGGCCCUAAGCGAACCGAACUUGGUAGCAUUAUUGCGGACAACCGCGUUCCAUCUAUCAUGUUGCUUCCAUCAUGUUGUUCGUUCAUCAAGCGUGAACAAGUUGUUGGAACAAUGUUGUUAACGAUUGUUGCUUGAACAACGUUGUUCAACCAUGAUAACAACAUUGUUCAGGCAUUGUUCAAUGAACAACGCCGAACAACCUGAUCAAUUUUUACGCGUGUACUACGCUAGAGGAAGGAGCCUGGGAACGAGGUUGUGUUGCGGAAACAUUUGCGGAAAAUUAUUUAGCAAAUAUGUUGGGGUGUGUUAAUCCAUCGUCCUUGCUUGCUGUCGAAGAGUUAAGCUGAAUUGAGAGGGACACAACUCAACCGGAUUGAGUUGAAGACUUUCUAAGAGCGCCUCAGGCAGCCAUAAAACAUCUUUCACAGGGCCGUCUGACAAAAUGUCCAAUGACAUUGAGUUUGGGUCGGACAUAUGUCCGAUGACCUUCAGUUCAGUUUUGACUUGGAAAUAAGUCUGAAUGACAAUGUAUUAAUUCUGUACUGUAAAUGUUGUGAAGAAAUUUCAUACUUACUCUUUCAUACUUAUUCCCAAGCUAAAAUUAACUUGCUUUCCAGAACAGCAGCAUUAAAAAAGACUUCGACAACUUAAGCCUGUUUUCCACUUCACCAUUUCGCUCGCCUCUCCGCGCUCGACUACGUUAAAACAACACUUCCAGUUCACCUUUUAUACAAUAGUACUCUGACUUUCCAUUUAACAUACAAACCUCUAGUCCUGGGCUAGGGUACAUUUUGAUUUACGUUGGACAAAGCAACAGUUCGGUCGAACACAAAUACACUCAGGUCGGACAAACAAUAACCCUCAGUUUCACUUAGGUCGGACAGAAUGUCCGGUGGUUUUCUUUCUACGUCGGACAAUUUCACGAAUGGGUCGGACAAUGUCCGUGACCGACCGAUAUUUUAAGGCCUGGAUCACAGCUACGGUGGAAGGGUCAAUUAGGGACUAAUCGCAAGUACCCACCCCUGUCAACAACAUUCCCUGUGGGAGAACCACUUUCGGUAGAGCGUUAACCUCGUAGUCCAAGGUCUUAGCUAGGAUUUUAGAUCUUGGGCGUGUUUCUAAAUGAUUAGGGUGUGCACAUGUCAAUUACCUUGAAUAGCCAAAUUCACGGUUCUACAACAAUGGACAAUGCCUGUGGUUGUUCUAUGCUUUGCAACCAAAUACAAGGCGAGCAUACGCUCAUAUAUAUUGCGCACUGACAUUAAAAUAUUAAGUUAUUUCAGCAACUCUUGGGGGUAUUUAAAACCACUUUAACACCAUGCAUACGGUUCCCAUUAUCCAUCAAAACAUUACGGAUCACUUUUGCCAAUUUCAACAUCACAUUGUAAACUAUGCUCCCUUUUUUCCCAGCCUAAAUGAAAAUUUAGAAGAUUUCAAAAGAAAAGCAAGGCUUUGUGUUGAAAAAUCUCUAGAAGAAUUUGAUAGAGAAAGUCCAAUAACAUCUGGUAAUAUUAAAGUUUUCAUUGUGUAACCAUUAUUUACAGUAUCUCAAGAAUAGAUUACUUUAUGCAGUAAAUGUAGAUAGAAUGAUAGAUAUAGAUCGUUUCAUAAAAUUGGCUUGCAACCCGUACAGUAGGUGGAAUUACACAAAUUUUACAAUAAUUAAAACAAGUUAAUUUAAAAGCAUUACUCCAUUGCUGAAAAGUAUUUAAAAGGUUAAAAACACAGUGUAAAAUGGAGUACAAUUAGUUAUCAAGCUUCAAAAUAUUGUCAGGGAUACAAGUGUUUUUGUAGCGAUCUGUUCAAGAUUUAGGUAAUGUGAAUGGUUUAGCUGCAAAUAUAUUCUUCUCAUUUCAUUACGCAUUAGAGGACGAUGGAAACUUACUUAAAGUAAGGACAGUUUCUGCACUCGCCAUUGACGAAUGGAAGCAACAAAUAUUAUGCAAGGUGAAUACAAAAUAUAAACAAUAUUUACGUUCUAUACCUGUAUGCAGCUCCACUUCUACGUACAAUGGUUAUUUGAAUGGUGUUUUUACCUUUAAUCUUUAUGUUUGUAUCUUGAACAUUUUGCAGUUACGCUUGCCACUAACUGCUAUACCAGCUUAUAUAAAUAAUUUCCCAAUUUCUUCUCUUUAAUGGGUACUCUGUUAUUUCUAUUCACAAUUCCUUAUUUUCCAGGGCUAUCUUGAUACAGACGUGCUUUGAAAGUUUCACGUUUCGUGCAGCACGAGUGCUCUGUGAUAUUAUCCAAAAUAUUUGAUUGUUUCUUGUGGCAAUUUUGGAGUAUUCUGCAGAAUACCAUGCUUCUUCAGGGUGGCUUGUCAUGCCCUGAUCCUUCGGUGUGUCGAAAGAUUGGCGAAGGUCCCUCGUUCUGUAGAACUACAGAUUCUGAAACUACACGUAACGUGACGUGAAUUCACAUAGUGGUCAGAAAAAUGCUUCCUGCCAUGGACAAUCCGCGAUUUAGGGUCAUGGGCAUAGAUACGAGGGAGUCCGUUUCUAUACGAAUGUUGGUUCCGCUAUCAACAAUAAGUCGUAUAUUAAUAUGGUUGUGGUGAUGGUGAUGACUAGGUGAUGGUGGUAUUGGUGGUGAUGAUGAUAACAAUUAAUGGCGAUGAUAAUAACGAUAGUAAAUAAUCAUUGAUACUGUCAAUAAUAAAACACUAACAAGAUAUAUUCUAAAAUGCUUCAAAUUUGUUCUUUAUAACUGUACAAUCAAUGCCAACGAUGGACCAGCCAGAAAAUAUAAUAGUCACUUUUAGAAUUUGCUAAGACGCACAUGAAACAAUAGCUGAGAAAUCAAGGAGGAUACGUAUUUUUUUCCUAACCAAUCACCAUUAAAAAGCUAACGGUUAAUGAUACAUUGGUACAUGUCAAGCAUUUAUUAUUUAACUUGAGGAAGCGACGUUUUUUUUUCAACACGGACAUCACCCGAAAAUUAGUAUAACUAAUUUUGGCGGCAUUUUGCCUCAUAGUGCUCGUGUAAGAAAGCAAAAAAAAGAACUUUAAAAAUCUUAUGUUUUGUUAUAUGUUGAAGCAUAGACUAUCGAAGGGGAGAUGGCUGUGAAACUCAUUAGAAUAACAAUACAACUCAUCUGUGUUAGUCAACGUGUAUUCAUAAAUCUGGUCGUUUCACCGUCACGUGUGUAUUUGUAUUUCUGCCAAAUCCACCAAUAGCAAUUUCCAGUUUCCCUAUUGUUCGAGUCACGGAUAGGUGACUUUCCUAAAACAUUGCUAUUGGUUAGUUGGGCAAGAAUACAAUACACACGUGACGGUGAAGGACUAAAUUUAUGAAUAAACGUUGACCAACAUAGAUAACGAGUUAUAUUGUUAUUCUAAUGAGUUUCACAGCCAUCUCCCCUUCGAUAUGCUAUGGUUGAAGUGACCACAAACUGAUACAAACACAGUUUCUAAUCCUGUCCCCCCCUCGGCAACUGAUGUCCUUGUUGACAAAGCGUCGCUUGUUUAAGCUCGCUAUUACCAAGACAUGACUUGUAACGUGGCGACUGUAACCGUCACCAAGGAAACCUUGACUUUCACAUAUUGUUUCAUGUACGAUCAUGUAAAUUCAUCAAGUGUCCAUAUACCUCUUCAGCUUCGUAUGCAAAGUACCCCCAUUUUCACUCGCCAAUUUACCGUCUGUCAUGCUGGCAACCCCCCAGUUUAUGUUUAUACCUUGUAUCACUCUUUCAAUUCAUACAUUUUACAUUGAAUAUCAUACAUAAAUAAAAAGAAUUAUAAAAGAUGUGAACAUCGGGCAAUUUGAAUACGAAGUUGAGGAUGUCUAUGAAGACAUGUUCAGACCAACCAAUUUGCCGAAUCCAAUACACCCCCUUCCGGAAAGUAUGUCACUUUGCCAAUAGAGUCUCGUUUUCGUGUAUGUGAAAUUAGUUAAAACCUAUCGUCUAAAUAACUAAAACGAGGCUCUACAGCCAAAGAAACGUAUUAAUGCGAGAAAGCACUGCAGAGGCUCCUGUCACGAACCAGAAAUAUGGUUAUAGAUUCAUGUUUGAUUGCUAACCAUCUCUCACCAACCUUGAUACUAACCCAACACCCUAACCCAUACAGACAAUGUCGAAUCUAUAUCCAGAAUAAACCUUAGAAGUGCUUACGUCACGCAAUUUGUAUUACAGAGGACUUCUGGAAUGCACAGUGCAUUGUGGAAUACUUUUGACUCAAUAAUUCAUCGUUUAAAAAUCACGUGACGUGGCACCUCUAAGGUUCAUUACUGUCAAUUAUGGCUAUAGCUCUAACAGUCUUACUCGGUUGGGCAUGAGAAUUGGAUACGAUAAACUAGUUCGUUUGAACAAGUCUUUAGAUACAGAAUGCGUGACUGUAUUGAUUUGCUACAAGUGCAUGUGAGCGCUUUCUUCAAAGUAAUUCUGAAUGCAAUUCCUAUAUUUUCUUACAGUGCAUUCCCCAUAUAGACUAUACAUAAACAAAAGAUACUCCGAAUAGCAUCUUGUGUGGUCGAGUUACAGUACCAACUAGAAGACACGAUAUACAAUGUUUCGAUUUUCUUUCAAAAUCAUCAAACCUACUGUAUUUAAAAAGUGAGCUGAUAUAUUUCUAUGCGAUACAGGAACGAUGACAUGAAAUAACAAGAGAUUUAUUUAUAGAAAUCAUUAGCACUAAUGACCGGAAGAAUGGUAUGAGCAGAAAGUGAGAUGGUAGCAAAGCGUUAUGGAAACAGCAUGAUAUCCUUGCUUUAGCCUUUAAGACCAAUGUUCAGCGACGGAUUUUUAAAUUUGAUGUCUAAGGCUGAAAUGAAAACUAGUUUGUCAGAUGUUACAGUAUUUGAAGAGCAGAUCAUUUCGUCAUUUCGAAGUUUGUGUUUAUAAGGUUGUGCAUUGUUAGUCGUAACAUCGUUUGCAUCUUCGAGUUUGUUAAUAUUGUCAAAGAGAAUAAUAAUAAUCGAGAUUGCGAAGGUUAAUGUGUUGUGCUUGUUCACAGUUAGUGAGAUGAUUACCAAAUGCACUUUUGUCAGGAAUAUAGUGUUCCGAAAGCCUUACAUCUAAGCGUCUUUCCGUUUUUCCUAUAUGUUUAGAAUAGCAACCGGGGCAGUUAAUUUCAUAGACUAAAGCCGGUUUUCCAUUAGGCGGAAUUUUUCAUUGUCUUUUCUAAUUAGUUCCAGCGGAUUUGGACCGAGGGGUCCAAAUCUGCUAGGACACCGGCUUUAGUUGUGCCGCAAAAGUUCCGGAAUUUUUUCUUCGCUUUAUGUGAAAUAUAUAAUUUUUGGCAUUUAUUUAAUAUCAUAAAUGACUGUAAAAUUGACCUGAACUUUUGAAUGCCAACGAAGCUUUUUUCUCAUGCAUGUUUUAACUAAAUUGUCGCCUUUUGUGCCUAAAAGUGGUAAUCUGAGCCAAAUUUUAGGUAAUUCAUCUUGAUCAUUACCUUUCGAGUUGAUUCAGUCCGAAUAAUGUGUUUUUGUUUCAAUAUUAAGAAGAUACAAACGACGUUACGACUAACUUUAACAACCUUAUAAACACGAACGUCUCUACUCUUCAAAUGCUGUAACAUCUAAAACUACUUUUCAUGGAAGUCUUGUCUUACACAUCAAAUUCAAAACUCCAUCGCAGGUCUUAAAACAAAGAUCUUAUUCUGUUUCCAUAACGCUUUGCUACCAUCUCACUUUCUUCUCAUACCAUUCUUUCCGGUCAUUAGUGCUAAUGAUUUCUAUAAAUAUGUCUUUGUUACUUGAUGGUGUUAUCGUUCCUGGAUCGCAAAUAAAUAUAUCAGUUUACUUUGUAAAUAGAGUAGGCAGGAUCCUGUAAGAGGAUGUCCAAUUUUGGUAUAAUGACACAUGCACAUAUUAGAGGGAGCGGGGAAGAAAAUCUUUGAAGUUUGGGUCUGAGACUCUUAAACAGUAUUAGAGGUUUACGUUACUUCAUGUCAGUAUCUUUUCAGCCUAGCCUACUAAAGCUCAUUCGAGAUUGUUCAAACGUUUACUCAACCAGGUACAUGCACCAUCACGUUGAUCAACCUUUCCCCCAGAAUUUUGGGCGUCCAUUUUCGUUGUUGGGCGCCUGGACUGUGAUGAUUUUGAAAUAAAACCCAACUAUUACUGUUUAUCGUAUUUUCUUGUUGUUGACACAUAUCUUGAGAGCUCGCCGCAUAAGAUGCUGUUAUUCUUGACUUCAACUACUUGUGCGGGCGCCCAUGUUAGUGGUAUUUCAACAAAAGAAUCUCAUUAUCUUUCAUUGAAUUUGGCACCAACAUGGCCGACAUUUUAAUGUUUUUCAAUAUUCUAGGGUUAAGUUGCAAGUCAAGAAUUGGGAGUACGUUUUGUUCUUGAGUUUCUAUUUCUAAAAAUUGUCGACUGGAAAUGGAUUUCACUACAUAUGUCAACCCAAAGGCUGUAUCGUAUUAAGAGUGUACAAGAUUGAAAUAAAUGCAGCACAGAAAAAAAGGAUGGGUCCAGAUUAUUUCACAUCGUCAAAUAUGACUUGAAAAAUAGAAACCAGACAUAAAAAGGGUUCAAGCAUGCGCAUGCAGUACAGCCAAAUACCUAAAACAUGUGCAACAAAAACACAUAUUCUGUAUCUAAUAUUUACGAGAUUUUUACUGGACCAGCCUUAAGUAAUUUGCAAAUCUUGGUGCUCAGUUUUCGAGUUUUCGUAUAGCUUGUUUGUCUGAUCCACGUAUUUUGGUCGGAAUUAAAAAUAUUUCCACCAUAUAAAUUACGACCCGUCUGUACAUUGCAUACUAUGGUGGCGAAGGUGUGGGUGGACUCUCAACUGAUUGUUGUGGUUGUUGUUUCUGUCGCUUCUGUC